GGUGGGGAGAGAUGAAUGGAGGAGGAGGGAAGGCGGCGCAGGCGGCGAGGCGAUGGAGGCGAUGGAGCAGGCAGAGGAUUGUUUGGCUGCUGCUGCUGUGCGCGCUCUGCGGGGGCACGCUGGUCGUCUUCAUCUACUUCCAGGGCCUGAAGCUCGCGUACCUGCUGCGCCCGGUCUGGGACACGCCGGCGCCGCCCUUCAAUGUCUACCCGCACUACUACGCGGCGAACAUCAGCGUCGCGCGGCGCUGCGAAUUGCACAAUUGGAAAGUGCGAUUCGAGCCGCGCCGAGUGUUCGACGCCAUUCUGUUCAGCAACGAGCUCGACCUGCUCGACAUCCGCCUGCACGAGCUGCAGCCGCACGUGCACCGCUUCGUCAUCGUCGAGUCGGACCGCACCUUCACGGGCCGCAAGAAGCCUCUCUUCUUCGCCGAGAAUCGCCAGCGCUUCGAGUUCGUCCAGGACCGCGUCGCGUAUGGCCGAGCUCGAGGGCGCGAGCUCCUGCCCGGCGAGGAUCCGUUCCUGCUCGAGCGAUUCCAGCGGCGCGAGACGAGCCGAAUCAUCGUCGAAGCCGGAAUUGGCUACAACGACCUGCUCAUCAUGUCGGACGUGGACGAGAUCCCUAGCGCGCAUUCCAUCGAGCUGCUCCGAUGGUGCGACGGCUGGCAAGCGCCGCUGCAUUUGCAGAUGAAGAAUUACAUUCAUUCGUUCGAGUUCCCCGUCGAUUACAGCAGCUGGCGCGCGAGCGUCCAUAUCUUCGAUCCCGAGACCACGGGUUACACUCACAAGCGCCGCUCCGAUUUCAUGCUCGCCGACUCCGGUUGGCAUUGCAGCUUUUGCUUCCGCCACUUGAGCGACAUCCAAUUCAAGAUGCUGGCGUACAGCCACGCGGACCGAGUGCGCCACCAAUUCUUUCUCGACCCGGCCAGAAUUCAGGCCAUCAUCUGCGAGGGCCGAGACCUGUUCGACAUGCUGCCAGAGGAGUACACCUUUCGCGAAAUCAUCAGCAAAAUGGGCCCUGUGCCCAAAUCCUCGUCCGCUGUCAACCUGCCGGCGUAUCUGAUCGAGCACAUCGAGGACUUUCGGUUCCUGUUGCCGGGCGGCUGCGUGCGCGAGCCGCAGGCAGCGACACGGCACUUGCUGGGCCAGCUCUCCAUCCAAAGCACGCAGCAGCGGUGGACGUGAGAAUCGACAGCCGAGGACGAGGAUUCGAAGCGCUGGACACUCAGGCAGGCGCCAUGAUUGGAGCGAGCGAGCGAGCCCAGAUCAUGCCGACGUAAGGGGGGGAUGCAAUGCCUCUGCCAAAAGCUGAGAAACGCCUUUUCGAUUACGCGAUUUUGUCACAGGGCUGGCCGAGCCAACCUUUCCUGGAAACGUGGCUGAUGCAUCGACCGAUGGGCCGAUCGAUCGAUCCACCAUCACUACAGUGAUCGAGCAUGAAAUCUUCCGGACGCUUCAGGGCAAAUCCACUUGUCAUGUCCCACAACUUGCUCUCUGACUACUAGCUUGCGGUCGAGCAUCAAUUGCGCCACAGCUCCGUGGGGUUCAAGGGUUCAAACCUCGUAGCGAAGGACUGCUGGCAGCAAGGGAAGAGAAGUGGCCCAGUUUUUUCGAGCGGAAUGGCGAUGGUGGAAGGAUAGAAGGAAGGAUGUUCAUGGGUUGCACCUCCUCAUCUGGCUUCGAGGUGUGCAAUGUCGAUGUCAGUGUCAAUGUCACGGUAGGCAGGCAGGUCGUGGUCCCUUAGGUCAGCAGAUGGGAAUUCUCGAGAGUGGCUCGUACUCGAGUGUCAGAAUGUCAGACCGGCAGAAGCUCGAGCAUUCUCGAGCAGCAGCAGAGAACGCCUUCAACGCUCUGCCGAGUGAGUGGAUGGACGAUUGAUUGUACGAUGUAUGAUCGUGACAUGGUGUCACGAAGCUUUACUUUCUUAUAAAGCCUGUCUCGCCAUGUCUGGCAAUCAUUCGUCGGUCAGUCCCGUACUGUGAUGCACGAAUCCACUCUCGGGUCCAUCCAUAAUCGACCCAAAGUCUCACCACCAUCACCGUCGUGAUCUCAUGUGCCACCAUGAUGUAAUGAAAGCCUGCAGAAGCGAAAGCUGUGUGCGAUUCCAGCGCCACUGGAACGCCUCAAUUAGACAGCGCAGCCAAUUAUGCUUCUCGGCACUUUGCACUUCCUCCCAGGACAGCCACCAAAUCGGUGGACAGCUGGUCGGACGUAAUGAUCAUGCCGUGGCACUACCGACUGAGGCAUCCACUCUCAUCAGCUGCUGCUGAUUGACCAUUAAAUCAGACAUAAGAUGGUGCCUUACGAGGCCUUGUACCCUCCACGGAAGUGCACAAGUGGGGUCAGAGAGAGAGAGAGAGAGAGUUUCAAACACGGGAUUUAUGAAUUCUGCGUUCCCAACCUCACCUCGAAAACAGGAGGAGAGAUUCAGGCUACUAUCCAAGUACGAGGAGAAACCAACAGAACAGGCGCAAGCAAUUAUUGACGGUCCGUAAGUGUCUGAGGUGCGGAUGCGACAAGAGGUUCAACACAAGACGUCUCGUCUCUCACUUGAAGAUCACGCUUCAGACAUGACGGUGGGAGUCUGAGGGGCCAAAUCCAUUUCAUCUCUGGUUGGCACGAGGGCCUGACAUCCAACAGAAUAGUCCAAUCCGGUACAGUACGCGACGAAAGGCUUUCUGAAGCUUGAAGUCUGUCUGUCGGUCGAUUGUUCCGAUCGUCUGGCGGCAGAAUGCCCAAUCCGACUUGUCUUCGAGCCCAGCACAAUUUGAGCUCCAGAAAAUGCUGAUUCCGCAUCCCUGGCGUAGCUCACAGCGUCAUGGGAGUGUCGUCUUAUCCAUGGACAUCGAUUGCAUCAGGAGCAUUAGACUGAGCGUCGAAUGCCUUCCAAGGAGGAUGGUUUAGUUUAAGAUCAGGACUUGUUUCAGCAUUCAGAGUGGCAGCCAUACGCUAAUUGGCUGAAGAAUGUCGAGCCUGAGACCAUCUUCCUGCUUUCCAAUUUUCAGUCUGAAUUGACUCUUUCGCCACACUGGUCUUACCUGGAG